AUGUCAAUUGGGGAGGCCACUGCAGCGCCUCCUGUCACCUUGCCUCAGCGAGACGCGGUGAUUCCCCAUGGGCAGGGCCAAACUCAAGGGAUUUCGCAGACGGGGACCCAAGCGAAUGCGGUGAUGCAUGAAGACAGGGAAGCUGUGGCGCUUGAACUUCCUGCCCCGGAAAGACAGCCGGGGCCUCCUCAUGAGGUGGAGGAGCAAAGUCGAGCUGCGCAUUGCCCACAGGCAGACCCGGCUCCUACGCCAAUUCAGGAGUUGGUAAUAGAGCUGGAGGGAGAAGGGAGCGGCCUGGGCAAUCGUUUUGAAGUCCUUAGUACGCUAGGGGAAAGCUGUGGGGUGGCUGGGACAUUAGAGGCUGUCCGUGCUUCCUCAUCUCCAACGUCCUCCCAAGGAGAGGCACACGUGUCAUUAGAGGAGCUUCAACUUUUUAACCAGGAGAACGCCACCCAAGCGGAGCUUCCUGCUAGUUUUGGAAAAGAGGCCAAACAGGACCCGAAGGAUACCCAAGGUGCGGACAUCAAGAGGAAGCCCAUGUCUGAGGUUAAGCAUUUAGACGUGGUCCAUAGAAGGCUAAAGCUAGACCACGGGAACUCGUUCUUAAACGGUAAGGUGUGGUGUUUAUGGAGCGGGACUCUCAAGCUCUCUUUUCAGGAGGGUGAAGAUCAAGUUGUGCAUGGUGGACUCACGUUCCAGUCUAGCGAGACUAUUUCUGUUUCGGCGGUCUAUGCAAAGUGCACUAGAGUGGGGAGACGGCUCCUCUGGAGCUGCUUGGAGGGCUUCAGUAGGGGGAGGAGUGAGCCGUGGAUCAUAGCGGGGGAUUUUAAUGUGAUCGCGUCCUCGGAAGAGUGGAGAGGGGGCCGUCCAGCUAAUGGCACUAACAUGGACGAGUUCAAUUCAUCCAUGUUCACGUGCGGACUCUCCCCAGUUGACUUUGAUGGGUGUCCCUUCACCUGGACGAAUGGCAAGAUUUGGCAGCGUUUGGACAAGGCUCUCAUUAAUGCCCGAUGGGCGGCGGCAUAUCCAGUCACAAGAGUCUCUCACCUUCCCCGGGGUCGGUCUAAUCAUGCGCCUCUCUUGAUCAAAGCGGGGACGGGAUCGCCAGUUUCGCCCUCUUUCAGGUAUCUAAACGUGUGGCAUCGGCACCACACCUUCUGGGAAACGGUGUCAACAGUCUGGCAAGGGUCGGGCUCAGGUGUCGGGAUGCAACUGUUCUACUCCAAGAUGUCGUCCCUUCGAACUCAGCUGAGGAAGUGGAACAAGGAGGAAUUCGGGAAUAUCUUUGCUCGAGGUCAGUCAGCAGAGGUUACAUACAAACAACGGGAAGCAGAGUUCGACUCAACAGGCGACGUUUCCGCGAUGACCCGUUUACAUGAGGCAAGGGCCAUGUACCUAAGAGAAUUGUCAGUGGAAUGUGAGUUCUGGAGGCAAAAGGCAGCGAUGCGGUGGAUCAAGGAGGGGGAUGCGAACACAUCCUUCUUCCACUCAGUGGUCCAACAGAGAAGAAACUCCAACUAUGUCGCACGGGUUAAAGAUGAAGCUCUGGGCUGGAUCCAGGACACGGGCGACAUUCAAGCUUCAGCAGUGCGGUUUUUCUCGGCAUUAUUCCAAUCCAGUGGGUACGUCCCUCCUCCCACUCUGCCCCAAGAGUUGCCUAGAGUUUCGGCGGAAGAGGACGCGGGGUUACGGCAUUUACCGGAUCUGGAAGAGAUCCGAGCAGUGGUGUUCGCUAUGGAUGCAAAUAGCGCUCCGGGGCCAGACGGGUUUGGGGCGGGUUUCUAUCAACAGUGCUGGGAGAUCAUCAAAACAGAUCUACUUGGGGCAGUGCAGGAUUUUUUUAAGGGAGUGCAGCAACCCAGGGGCUUCUCUAGCGCGUUACUGGUAUUGAUCCCAAAGACGGAGGGGGCCUGUCAGUGGAAGGACUUCAGACCAAUUAGCCUUUGUAACACGAGUUCCAAGAUCAUAUCGAAGAAUCUGGAAAAUCGAUUGGGGAGUCUGCUACCCAAGCUCAUUUCGCCGUGGUAG